GAAUAUUCUACAUCUCUCCGUGUGAACUUCAUAGAUUAAAAACAAAUCGUGAACCAAAAGAACAGGUAUAAAAUAAAGCAGGCCACAGUCAUUCAAGUAGGAUUUUCUAAAGUAGAUACUUGCACCAUUCCAUUGCUCCCAUCAAAGAAAGGACUUUGACCAUGUUUUCAAUCUCUCCUCGAAUCGACGAUGAUACUCUGCUUGGCUUUGCUGAUGAGCUGUCGGGUCCGUUUGAGAUUAUGCCACCUUUGUGGACCAGAGCCUACCACGCUUCCAGAGCCAACAGAGAAUCGGAGGUCCAAAACACGGACAAAGAGUUCCGUGUGAGGGUGAACAUGAAGCACUACAAGCCGGAGGAGAUCAAGAUCACCUCAGACAACCAGCGCAUCACCAUCCACGCCAAACACGAGGAGAAGCAAGAUGGCCACGGCUUCGUUUCCAGGGAGAUCACGAGGGUCUUCAAAAUUCCAGAGGAUGUAGAUGCCCGAUCAGUGACGUCCACAAUCACCUACAAUGGUAUACUGAAUAUCAAGGCAAUAAAGGUAGACACGGGCGCACCAAAAGAAAUGACGAUACCUGUCGAAUUCAGAAGUUGUUAAUCACUUGGUCCUAUUACAUUUAUAGUCUUGUUUGUACAUCGAUAAAUUUUUCACAUUUAUCUAUAUACAUUGGUAUUUUUGAUUCUGAAUAAAUUAUUC